GCUGGCUUGACCGUAAUGAAAUUCUCUAACCGGACUCAAUCCCCCCGCGUUACCCUCCAUUUCCAGCCCUGAAUAUAACUCGUCUUUAAUAGUUAAACCACUGUUUAUUAGCUGUCGUCGGGUCGCCUUACUGUCGGGUCUGUGUUGUAAACAGACCACACUCUCGGUUUCACAGUAAAUUGACGCAGAAACGAAAGUGAAAGUAAGCAGACGGGCGUGAUCAACUAUAUACACUGACUCGCAAGUCAUUUCCUCGUUGACAAGAAGGAUCACGAUGGACGAAAAUUAUCCCAUCGUUGUCGAAGGAGACUGGGGACCUGAACACGCUAAAAGUGUUAAAAAUAAACUUCAUAUUCACUUUCAGAGUAAGAAGAAAUCUCAGGGAGGAGACUGCGUCGUGCAAUAUAAUGACAAGAGCGACUCUGCUACGAUUCUGUUCAAAUCAUCUGACAUCCGAGAUGCCGUACUCUCCCAGGCAGAACACAUUAUUACUUUUGGCAGUCACCGAAUCAAGUUGAAAGUGUACAAACCCAGCGAUGUAGAGGAACAGGCAGACAGCACUGGACAAAGCGCGAACCAGGCAUGUGGAUACCAGGAACCAAAUGAAAGUGCCCCUCAGACUGAGUUGGAUGUGAAGACACAUCAAGAGUCAAGUGCUGUGGUCCUGGAGAACCUUCCAGAUGAUGUUAAACAAGAUGUUUUGACUCUUUUGGUGGAGAACAUCACAAGUCUUUCUGAAAAUGACUUCACCAUUGAAUUAAUACUGGAAUUAAGAAAAGCAGUUGUGACCUUUAAAAAUCCUAACGAUGCAGAAAAGUUCCUUGUGGACAGCAGGACGAAUACAAAGUUCAAGAAGAAUAAUUUGAGGGCCCGUACAUUGGAGAGAAGCACGUGUGUGCGGGUGGAGAAUCUUCCAGCUGAGGCCAACAACAACAAGAUGCUGCUGGAACUGUAUUUUGAGAAAUGGGGUGGUCCAGUAGAGGAAGUUAUCACAAUUCCAUCAGAACAAGCAGCCAUUAUUACAUUUAUGGAGGAAGAAGCUAAAGAGAGAGUUUUGAAACAAGAGAAUAACAUCUGUGAUGUUCCAGUCAAGAUAUAUCCCUACUUUAAAUCACUGGAUACAGUCUUGUAUGGUGGAAACAGACCACAUUUGAAGCUGCCCGAUCCCAUUACAGUCAGUGUACAUCCUGCCAUCAGGGAGUUCCUUCUCAAGAAAGGGGAGAUUUCCUCUAUUAAAGACCAGAUGAGCUCACACUUCUGCCAAAUAAACAUGGACAAACCUGAAGCUUUGCUCAGUCCUGAUUCAGCAUUACUAAAACAGAAAGGAGUUACCAGAAGACACGUUGAUGGCUGGAGUAAGAAUGCCUGCGAUGCCUUCGUGAAAAUAAUGUCAAACUACACAACGUCUGAGUGGCCGGUGUCACACCCCUUGUGGUCUAAAGUGGAGAGUGAUGUUAAGGAAUUGGUAAAGGAUAAGGUUUUCACAGAUAUGAAUGCCUCUAAAGGUGUCCUGACACUGGCGGGAAUGACCCAUGAGAUAACUGGACUGAAACUCAUCAUGGAGAAAAUUUUAGAGAGAGCAACAAAUCAAAUAGAGAUAGAGAAGAACAGUGUGACAGAGCAAAUGGAGAUGUCUCCUGCCUUGUACUCUCUGCUUUUACAAGAUGGCCUGAAAAGUGCUGUUUCUCCAAACCUACACAUUGACUACAACAAAAAAAUAAACAGCUUGGUUUUAUCAGGUCUUAAUACAGAAGUCCUCAUGUUCAAGAACUGGGUCCUUGAGAAGAAAAUAAGUAUGAAACAGAAGCCCUUAAAGAUUGACUGUUCAGUUUUGGAGUACCUGAGAUCAGUGAAUUGUGAUGAAAUGUCCACAGAUCUCUUUAUAUCUCAUGGAAUAACUGCUGUCUACACAAUCGAAAAUGAAGAUGUUGUUUUGACUGGGAGCACAGAAAAAGCACUUGUUGAGGCAGAGAAGAGGGUGAAUAUGGUUCUUAAAUCCAAAGACCUCAUUAUAGAAGAUCAGGGUGUCCUUCAUAUGACAGAGUGGCAGAAUCUCAAAAAACAAUUGCAGGAAUUGUUCAAUACUUCCAAAAAAAUAUCUGUAUUUAUAAACUUAUCUAAACAGAGAGACAAAGUAAUAGUGACUGGAUUCAAAGAACCAGUGAUGGAGGUCAGUGAGAACUUAGGAUGUUUCAUUGAGAAACACACAAGAAUUGAAGAAACCGUUCGUGUAAAAUCACAUGCAACAGUUGAAUUCAUAAAAGACAAAAAAUCACAAGACUGGCAGCAUUUAAUGAAGUCUGAUGAGGUAAAAGUGAGUUUUGAUUCAAAGAGACCCUGGAUCAAACUAUCUGGAGAGCGUGGAUUUGUCCAGCCAGCUUUGACUUUCUUUAAAGGGUUGGCAGAUUCUCUCCACACAGACACACAUAUCAUUAAAAAGGCAGGAGCAAAGAAGUACUUCAAGGAACAGGGUAAAAUGAUGCUCUCAAUGCUGUUGAAGGAAAAAAGAUUUGUGGUGGUGCUCCAGGAAGAUGACAUGCUGGAACAGGAAGAGGAUGAAUUUACUGAACGCGGUUUUGAAGAUUUUGGCCAGGUCUCUUGUGAAGUUCUAAUGCCAGGUGGAGUAACUGUUACUGUCAGGAUGGCGGACAUUUGCAAGCUGAGUGUUGAUGCUGUGGUCAAUGCUGCUAAUAAAGAUCUGAUGCACAGUGGUGGUGUAGCUUUUGCACUUCUCCAAGCUGCUGGACCACGUCUACAGCAAUAUUGUGAACAUUACAUAAAACAAAAUGGGCCUCUGAAGCCUGGAGAUGCCAUCAUCACUGACGCUGGUCGUCUUCCCUGUAAACAUGUGGUACACGCUGUUGGACCUCGCUUCGGCGAUUCAGACCGACGCACCACCGAACAACUCCUGAGACGUGCUGUGAGGGAAAGCUUGAACCAGGCAUCGAGCAAAAACUGCUCCUCCAUUGCAAUUCCAGUUAUUAGUUCUGGGAUAUUUGGUUGUCCUCUUGAACUUUGCACUGAAUCAAUUGCCAAGGAAGUGUGUGAGUACAUCGAAGAUCAAAACCGCAGAGGUUCCAGUAGCACAUUAACUGAGAUACAGUUGGUGGACAAUAAUGGCAGCACUGUAAAAGCCAUGGCUCAAGCUGUCCGAAAGGAGUUUGCUGCUUAUAACCCCAAAAUGACUUUCCCUCAUCAAACUAAACCUUAUGGAUAUAGUAACGAAAGACAAGGCUAUCGUGGAAGUGGUAACAGAAACUAUGGCCAAAGAAACCAAGUGUUUGAAGGUCCAGAAGACCAUGGUAAUAGAGAAUCUGAAGGACAAGCACACUCAAGCUCUCAAGGAUUGAGUGUUCUUGAGACCAAAACUACAAAAGAUGGACUAAAAAUCAAUCUGAGCAAAGGGAACAUCCAGGAUGCAUGUGCUGAUGUCAUUGUAAACACUAUAUCGAAGAACUUGGACCUCAGUAAAGGUGCCGUCUCCGAAGCACUCCUUCAGGCUUCUGGUCAUCAGCUCCAGUCAGAAAUCACCAGAAAUGCUCGCUCAAACAAUCUGAAUUAUGGUGAAAUGAUCAUCACAGAUGGUUAUAAACUAAAAUGUUCCAAAGUCUUUCAUGUAAUUUCUCCAUUUUGGAAUGGUGGACAAAACUCAGCAGAUAGGGUACUCAUUCAGAUCAUUAGAGAUUGCCUGAGAAAAGCAGAAACCCGUGGAAUGGCUUCAGUCGUCUUCCCAGCUAUCGGCACUGGGAAUCUUGGCUUUCCUAAAGAUCUCGUGGCCAGAAUCAUGCUGUCAGAAUUCCAGGAAUUUAACUCUACAAAUCUUCAAGAGGUAACUGUGAUUGUGCACCCAUCUGACCAGGAGAGCAUUCAGUGCUUUACCAGUAUCUUUAGACACGGGAUUCAGCGUCCCACCACAAAAGGAGCAUCUCAUCAUUUCAUGCCUAAAAUAAAGAUUUCUGGACUUGUUGGCAAAGUCUCCUCCACCUCUCUUGGGGUGCACGCUAUGCAUCUGGGUCAAGUGACUCUGGAGGUUUCAUCUGGAGACAUAACUAAAGAAAAAACUGAUGCAAUUGUCAACUCCUCAGAUAACACAUUUUCUCUGAAAGCAGGUGUAUCCAAGGCCAUUUUAGAUGCUGCUGGAUUACAAGUGGAAUAUGAAUGUUCACAGAUUGUGGGAUCAUCAAACAUUCAGCAAACAGAGAUUGUGACCUCAUCUGGGCACCUGCCAUGUGGAAAGAUCAUCCAUAUUAUUGGACGCAAUAAGCCAUCUGAAAUUAAGGAUGUAGUUUUGUCUGUUCUGAAGUUAUGUGAGAAAAACCAGUUUACCUCCAUUGCCUUUCCAGCUCUUGGCACUGGUCAAGGUGGUGUUAAUCCAGCUGAUGUUGCAGAUGCAAUGGUUGAUGCUGUUGUUGACUUUGUGAAAAGAAAGAAACCUGUGCAUGUAAAGCUUGUAAAGUUCCUUAUAUUCCAGACAAACAUGUUGUCAGACUUCCACCAAAGCAUGGUCAGAAGAUCUGGUGAGAAAGUAGAAGAGGAUAAAAGUCUGCUUACCAAAUUUAAAGACUUUUUUUGGGGGGGAAAUUCAGAAUCACCCACAAAUGAAGAGUUUGUGGUGGUGGUUGAGAAAAUUGAGCCAGCUGUGUUCCAGCUCUGUGGAGAGACAUCAGAGGACCUGAGGGAAGCCAUAGACACGAUCAACAGCUUGAUAGUACGGGAGCAUUUGACCAUCCCAAUCAGUGACCCAGCCAUUGCUCAUUUCACCAAGGAGGAUGUAGAAAUGCUGAAUGGCAUGCAGAGGGAGUUCACAGUCAGUGUCCGACUUGAGAAGAAAGGCCAAGACUCUGUCAUCACAUUGGAGGGCCUGACAAGAGACGUUCACACUGCAGAGAGUCGUAUUCGGGACAUGAUCCGCAAGGUGGAAAGAAACGAAUACCGAAGACGUGAGGCAUUUAUAAUCAGCAGUAUGGUUAAUUGGCAGUAUCAGGAGAAUGGACGCAACCUCAAAAACUUUGAUAUGUUGACUAAUUAUGAGCUGGAACAGGCCUUUCAGAAGAGACAGCCUUCAGUGAGAAUCAAGAUUAAUAAUGAUGAUUAUGAUGCUGAUUUAGUUCGCAAAGAGGCCACAAGAGGGAGAAUGAGGAUUGAACUGAAUAGAGUAGAUCUGCAAGAUGCAGCUCAGAGUUCUUUGCCUUCACACUGGGAGGACAUGAAAGGAAAGCCAGUUGUUCUUGUAAAACUCACAGCAGGCUUGAAUGAAUAUGCAGAAGUGGAGAAAGAAUUCAAAAGAACUGGACUGUCCUCUAACAUCAUUGAAAUUGAAAGAGUUCAGAACAGCACACUUUGGAGAAACUAUAUGAUCAAAAAGGAGGAACUGGAAGACAAAAACCAGCACAAAAACAUUGAAAAGCGUCUCUUCCACGGCACUGGCCCUAAUAAGACAGAUCAGAUCAACCAUCACGGCUUCAAUCGCAGCUAUGCUGGGACGCAUGGAGCCAUGUAUGGAAAUGGGACAUAUUUUGCUGUGGACCCGAGAUACUCAGCUCAAGGCUACUCUAAACCUGAUGUCAAUGGACAUAAACGCAUGUAUCUCGCCAGGGUGCUUGUCGGUGAUUUCACUCAAGGAAAACCAGGCCUUCCUGUUCCCCCUGCAAAGAGCUCCAAUAGUGCUGAUCUCUAUAACAGUGUGACUGACAACAUCAACAACCCAACCAUGUUUGUGAUUUUCAAUGAUGUACAGGCUUACCCAGAAUACCUAAUCACCUUCCAGUAGUGAUUUGUUGUUUUUGUUGCUGUUUUCAUUAGGUUGAACUUAGUGGUAUUGGCCACUCUGUCACAACUUAGGCAACGAAAGGAUUAAUCUUUUAUUUUUUUAUGAUUUGUGCAUUGUUAAAUGUUAGGUAAGUGGCAUUUCAAAAAACGCUGUUUGGAACUUAGUCAGACCAACAACAUUUCAUUCAUCGUCUUGCUCUUUAUUUUUCAUAAAGCAUUAUUUUGUUGUGCAUCAGCUGCGAUACACAGCCAUCCACUCUCACAUUUAAAAGCAAUCUGAAGCAGGCUGUAUGUUGAGAAGUAUAUUUGUGUGCAAUGCAGACAUUUUUGGUGCCUGUCCUUAUUUUUCAAUGUGGAGGUGUCUAUUUUCUGUUGAUGUGCAAUAUGUCCAAUUCCUUAGUUGCUAUACACCCUAAACAUUAUCAAAAGUAUAUUAUGGCUAAAUAUGUCAAUUUAAAAAUGAAAUAUUAGUGCAUUUGGAA